GCGUCCAGUGUUUUGUUGCUGUCCUGUCGUGAGCAGAGUCAGACAUGGCUGCUUCCUUAUGGUCCAAAAGACUGUUCUCUUUUUUAUUAAUAUGCCCCCUUUUAGCAUCGGGGUUUUUGAAUUUAGAGGAGCUAAACGAGAUGAAAUAUGGGAUCCAAAUUCUCCCCGAUCCCGUCAUUUUGGGACAGACAAAGGCCGAGGAGGUGAUGAUGGUGUCUAAUAAGUUUAAGCAGAUGUACGAGUGUCGUCUUCCUGCUCAGGCCGUUCGUUUCCAUCAGGACCCAGCCUCAGAGCCAGAGACACAGAGCUACAGCGGCCCAGACAUCCCACAGCUCCUCAGCCCCAUGCAGGAUGCCCCCUGUCUAGUCAAGACAAAGGACUGGUGGACUUACGAGUUCUGUAAUGGUAAACACAUCAGACAAUACCACCUCGAAGACACAGAAAUCAAAGGGGAUGUACUUUUUUUGGGUUACUACGAAUCUGAUUUUGACUGGAGCAAUGAAACUGCAAAGGCUUCUAAGCAGCACAGACUGAAGCGGUACCACAGUCAAACUUAUGUGAACGGCUCCAAGUGUGACCUCAAUGGGACUCCCAGAGAGGCAGAAGUCAGAUUCAUUUGUGAGGAGGGUUCAGGAGACUUCAUCGCUCGCGUGGAUGAGCCUCAGUCAUGCAGAUACGUCCUGACGGUCCACACGGGACGCACCUGUCAGCACCCCCUCCUCAGACCCCCCUCCACUGCCAAACCUCAGAGCAUCCUUUGCCAACCCGCCCUCAGCCCUCAGCAGUACAUGGAUUACGUCAAAGCCCAAGUCUCGGACACAAAGCGCAAAGUGGAGCAGAUUUCUGAAGAGCUGAGGAGUCUAGACGAGAUUCUUGGCAGUGACGAUGAAACGAUCGAGAAUGCAGCGAAUGCACCACUGGAGACAGCAGACGACAAUGAGUCACUUAUACAAGAAGAUAUAACUGAAACAUCUGAAGAAGAGGAAGACGCAGAAUUCUGGGAUGGAGUGAAAAAGAAAAGAAUGGCUCCUAAACUAGAGGAAACUGAGGAUAAACCAGUUACAAAUAAUGAAGUAAUAGAAGAAGGUGAUGAAGUGGAGCAGUUUAACUUUAAAAUCAUCACAGACCCUGCAGAUCUGAUGAAAUUUGUUCAGCAUCUCAAAGAAAGUAACAGAAAGAAAGCACAAAAGCAGUUGGAGAAACAGAGGAGUGUCCCAGAGGAGGACAAAGAUGAAGACGAGCGAUUACUGGAGGAGUUUGAGGAGGAGCUGAAUGACCUCACAGUGCCCUCCGAUAAAAUAGAGGGAAUAAAAGAUGAAAUGCAGAAAGAGUUUGACAAUAUUAUAGAUGAGGCACAACAAGAAUUAGAGACAGAGGGUCUUAAAGGGGAGUUUGACCGCUCUCAGGCUACACAGGCUUUAGAGACGACACUGGACAAACUGCUUGACCAUUUAGAAGAUAAAGAGGGACAGGAGCAGGACCCACAGUCACCAGCAGGGGGCGCACAGAGAGGCAGCGACCCCACCCGAGGGAGCCCCAGUCUGGCACCCAAACAUCCAGACCAAGCAGCAGAGGACCAUGUUAAGAUCAAAAUUACUAAGUACAAAGCGGGCAGCAAGCCAGAUGACGGAGAGGUCAAAGUUCAGGAGCUGGGCGAAGGCGAUCCGCAGUGGAAACACAUAAAGGACGUGGUUAAAGAGCAGCUAGAGAAGGCAGGACUCAAGGCCGAAGGUAAAAUUGAGGUUAAAAUCUUGACUCGUAAAAACGCAGAUGAAGCAGGAGACCAGUGGUUGACCGAAGAAGAUACAAAGUCCUUCAGGGAGCUCCUCAUAAAUCUCCUGACCGGUGGCACAGAGGAGGUGUACAAAGAGCAGAAGAGGCAGCAGGAACUUGAGGAUAAUUAUAGAUUUGUGUGGGGCCAGUCCCAAGAAGAGAGCCAGACUUCCAGCUCUUCUGAUUCAGAAGACAUGGAUAUCUGAGCUCAAACAAGCCUGACUUACUUCAGUAAACUCCUGUGGAGAAGAGAGACUGUGAAAUGCUGCCUCAAAUAAUAAUGACAAGGAGAACCAACUUUGUAAUUGUUGCUAAAAGUAAUUGUAAUUUAUAGCCUGGCCAGUUAAACUAGUCCAUCUGAACAUGGUUAUAUAAAUAAGUUUUCAAAACGUAAAAAACAGGUUUGUAGUCAGCAAGUUACUCAUCACUUACCGGUACAUAUGUCUGUGUAAUCUGUAAAUGACCCAUAGUAAAAGAAAAAUAUAUUUCUGUCAACUGGACAAAAAAGAUUUUGUGUGAAUGAGUUGGAUGAGCAGUGAAACGUCUUCACUGAAAAACCUUUUUGUCCAGUGAGCAGAAUUAAAUUUUUCCUUUACCACUUACCGUAUGCAGUCCAAGCAAAUUAUACACCAUGAUGCUUUAAUAAGUUCUUGUUUACAACAUUUAACUAAAAUAUUUUCUCAAAGUCUUUGAGCAAUGUCAUGUUUUUGCUAACCAAAAUUAACUAUAAAACGUAAAGUAUUCAGUAAUGACUAAAAUUACAGAUAUUUUAAAUCCAACUAAAAUCAUGAGGGACAUGACUAUAUGGAAUUAUUUGUAAUUAAAAUAACUUGGCCAGGCUAUAACUGAUAGGAGCUCAUAAUUUUGCACAUUCAAGAUUAUUGUGUGUCUCGCAAAUGCAAUAUGUGAUUUUGAUUAGGCACUGUUAAUAUGUUCGCUGUAUCCUUUUGGGAGCUGGUUUUGAUAGACUUUAAACGACUAAGAGAUGUACAAUUUAUGAAACUUCCACAUUUAAUUGAGUAAAAGUUAAUUAUAUUUUUUUGUUAUUGACAUUGAAAUAUGCUUUAUCUAUAGGGCUAAAGAACUGUUCAUGCAGCAGAAAUUUCAUAUUUUGCACAGAUUCUUUAUAGAUUGAAAAAAGUGAAAAAGGUCCUUUCAUUUCCUCUUUCUGAAACAUUUUCUAAAACUUUUAAAAUUAUUUUUGUUUAUAUUCCCUAUUUUAUUGUAAAUUUGAAAGAACAACAUGACGUUCCCAUGGUGACCUACUGUUGGUUAUGGCCAAACACUGUAUUUAAUUUAUUAAAAUAAGCACAGUUUACAAUCAUA